AUGUUUAUCCUGUGCCUACAAUUGAGUGGAACAGCAAAGAGACUUGAAAUUAUGGGUAUUCAGCACCUCGAACACAGUAUGAGACCAUCAACAGAUAUGCCUGCCACGGGUGUUAUCACUCCACCGGGAGAUUCAUUAGAGGAAACAUUGAUCUCGUUCAAAAAAGGCACCUUUAUUCCGUCCCCAUCGACUGAAGAGGAGAAUGAGGUAGAUGAAAUUUGGCGACAAGUUGCCGAUCAAUGUCACUGCUCUCUGGAAGAGAUUGAAGAUGUAUACCCCUGCACCGCUCUCCAGGAAGCAAUGAUAGCCCUCACUUUCAAGGAUCCAAGAGCAUACACCAUCGAGCACGAAUACCAUCUGCCACGAGAGAUCGACCACCAUAAGCUGCAGGAGGCCUGGAUUACAACAGCCCAAGCCAACCCGAUAUUGAGGACUCGCAUGAUUCCCACUAGCCAGCGCGGCUGUAUGCAGGCAGUAGUGCGAGGAUCAAUUCCAUGGCAGGUGCAGGAGACCGACGACGGCAUCAACGGUGAGAUCAGCAGUCCUUCCUGGAGAGCAGGGGCUCCACUGGCAUAUUUCUUCUUCAAUGUCACCGAAUAUAAGCUGAAAGUGAUCAUUCACCAUUCCAUCUGCGACCACUGGUCGAUGGCAUUGCUGUUGCGCCAAGCCGACGCCGCUUACAGAGACGAGGAACUGGCUUUCCACCCCUUUCGGCCACUAGUGGACCAUGUACAGCAGACUCAAGACAAAGCCAAUGAUUUCUGGAGAUCUAUGUUCCGUGAUGCACACGAGGCCACGAUGGUGGCAUUUCCUCAACUACCCACUGUGGGUCAUUCUGCCAGACCAACCGAGCGGCUGGAAAGGUCCUUUAGCAUUCAAUCUGGCAGUGGUUCCUCAAGCACCGUUGGCACCAAGAUUCGGUUGGCGUGGGCUAUCCUGCAAUCUGUCUACACUGGCUCUGACGAUACAUUAUUUGGAGCAGUCAACGCGGGUCGUGCAGUAUCUGUUGCCGGCGUACAGGACUUGAGCGGGCCUGCACUCGCCAGCGUACCGGUGCGCAUCAAGCUGUGCGGGAAGAAUACCGUUGCAGAUGCUUUGAUUGAAGUACAGGACGAAUGGGCAGCAUCGAUGGAGUUCGAACAUGUCGGAUUGCAAAAUCUGCUUCGCCUUGGACCUGGGCCAGCGGCAGCAUGUCAUUUCCAGACGCUGCUCUCAGUCGAGCCUCGAGAUGGCCAUCAACUUCCCGAUAUAUUCUCCCAGAGUCGAUCGACCCAAGUGGCGUAUGAUAUGUAUCCUCUGGUCCUACGAUGUCGCCCCUCAGCCGUGACAAUGUGGAUUGAGGCUUCUUUUGAUCCGGCAGCAACCGAGGUCUGUCAAAUGGAGCGGAUUCUCUCCCAAUUCAUUCAUAUUUACGAGCAGAUCGACACUAAGCCGGGCCUCACACUUUCCAACAUCAGUGCCGUGAGCCCCGAAGAUUUGAGCGAUCUGCGUCGACAGAACAUCUUGACCAAGCGCCCUGAUGUCAUCCCGUGUGUCCAUUCUCUGAUUGAAAGCCGCACACGACAACAGCCCUUUGCCCCGGCCAUCAGUAGCUGGGAUGGCAGCUACUCAUAUCAAGUCCUCGAUGACUUGUCUUCAGCAUUGGCUGACCAUCUUUCCUGGCAUCGUGUUGGCCCUGGGUCAUUUGUGCCUCUUCUCUUGGGAAAAACCAAGUGGAUGGCCGUUGCCAUGCUUGCUGUGAUGAAAUCCGGUGCUGCCUUUGUGCUGCUAGAGCCAUCACACCCACAGUCCCGGUUACGGAAUAUGUGUGAAGCUGUUGCAGCUCCCCUGGUAUUGACUUGCGGCUGGCAUAUCGCUCUGGCGGCCGAGCUUGGCGUUCAAGCGUUGCUCAACGUGGAUACUUUUGACCCGGAGCAGGUGCAGUGCAAUAGCUCAUCUCAGAGGUCGGCGAUCAGCCCACAAGACCCCGUCUAUCUGACAUUCACCUCUGGGUCCACAGGUACACCCAAAGGUGUAAUUGUUCACCACGAAGGCUUUGCGUCAAGUUCUGUGGCGCAUGGCAAGCCAUACCACUUCACACCAGAGUCGCGUGUGCUACAAUUUGCCUCUCCAGCGUUCGAUUCUUGCAUUAUCGAACAUCUCAGUACACUGAUCCAAGGAGGCUGUGUUUGCAUUCCGUCAACGGACGACUGUCACGGUCAUCUUGUGGAAUCUAUGAACCGCUUUGAAGUGGACGUUGCAUGCUUGACGCCCAGUGUCACUCGCAUUAUUAGUCCUGAUAGUCUUAAGUCCUUGAAGGUUUUGAUGUUUGUCGGAGAAGCAGUUUUGGCUAGCGAUGUUCUCCGCUGGGAGCCUUUUGUGCACGUUGGAAACGCGUACGGCCCAGCGGAAUGCUCAGCAGUGUUCAGUGUCCAACCAAACCUCAAGAGCAACGAUCCAGCAAAUAUAGGAUUUAGCACAGGUGGAUCUGGAUGGGUUGUUCACCCGGAAGAUCAUCGGGUGCUCAUGCCACUGGGCUGCACUGGAGAACUAUUAAUAGAAGGACCGAUCGUUGGCAAGGGUUAUCUAUCAAAUCUCGAGCAGACGGCCCGGGUCUUUGUUGAAGCACCUCCCUGGCGCUUGCAAUUUGGCUCCCCUCCAUCCGGAAAAUUGUACAAAAGCGGAGAUUUGGUGCAAGCUACCGGAGAUGGUAGUUUCCGAUAUCUUGGACGGAAGGAUACCCAAGUCAAGCUACAUGGACAGCGCUUGGAACUGGCGGACAUUGAGUACCAUCUUCAUAGAGCAUUUCCGAAAGCCAGCCAGACCCUCGCAGAUGUUCGCCGGUCGUUUCCUCGCAACAGUGCCAAUGAACAUCGACCCGAGGCAUUGCUGAUAGCGUUUAUAUGUCUCCCAGCGUCGCCUCCAGAUGAUGACGGCAGUCAUCAAGUCGAGUUCCUUCCUCCAACCGACGAGUUUCGUGAAGCUUGUGCUGCAGCAGAGACUAGCAUGUCGGAUGUUCUACCAUCUUUCAUGAUUCCACGGUUUUACCUACCUCUAUCGCAUGUACCUCUGACGCCAUCUGGGAAGACCAAUCGACGUUCCAUCCAGGAGCACGCCAAUAAGCUGUCCCUGGAGCAGAUGAAGGCAUAUCGAGCUGUGAAAAUUCAACCGGAGGCGCCGUCAACUUCUCGCGAGGAAAAACUUCAACAGAUCUGGGCCAAUACACUAAAUCGGACUGUUGAAGAAAUUGGAACUACAGAAAGCUUCUUUCGUCUGGGAGGGGAUUCAGUCAGCGCGAUGCAAGUUGCUGCAGGAUGUCGCACCGUCGGACUCAAAGUAGCUGUUGCUGAUAUCUUCCGGUUCCCAAGCAUCAGACAACUGGCAGAAAGGAUCCAAGAUUCUGGAUCUGUGUCUUUUGCCUCAGCCGCGGAGGAUGACCAAACCGAGGUGUGGUUUGAACUCUCUCCGAUCCAGAAGCUCUUCUUUGAGCGAGUGCCCGAUGGUCACAACAAGUUUACUCUUGAGUUCAUUCUCCGGCUCGACACACCACUUCCACCUCCUGAGAUUAAACGGGCGAUUGAGAAGAUUGUUGCAACUCAUUCAAUGCUCCGCGCCCGUUUUGAAAAACGAGCGGAUGGCCAAUGGGGACAGAUUAUUGGCCCUGAUGUGUCUAGAAGCCUUCGGUUUAGAGAGCAUCGAGUGCCGUCUAUGAAUGACCGUAAAGCCUUGCAGAAGAUUUUUUCAAUCAGCCAGAACACGCUUGAUAUCGUUCAGGGAGUGAUGAUUGUUGUUGACGUUAUCACUACGGAUGCCGGGGAGCAGUUCUUGGGGUUGAUGGCCCAUCAUCUUGUGAUUGAUCUCGUGUCAUGGCGGGUCCUUCUGCAAGACCUGGAAGACAUCCUCAACACGGGCCGUACGAUACAACCCCUAUCCAUAUCAUUCCAACAAUGGUCCCGGCUUCAACAAAGCUAUGCCCAGCAGUCUCUUGAUCCGAGUGAAACGUUGAGGACAGAAAUACCACGUCCUUCAAUGGACUAUUGGGGCCCAGAGGCUAGCCUGGGUUCGAAUACCUGGGCGGAUGCAACGCGACGAACCAUCACGGUAUCGCGGGAAACAACAGAGGCAAUAAUUGGUGCUGCAAAUGGCGCAUUUCAUACUCAGCCAGUGGAAAUAAUCCAAGCAGCCGUACUUUACGCCUUUGUUCAGGCCUUUGAAAAUCGACCUGCACCCACCAUGUUCAGCGAGGGGCAUGGAAGAGAGCCAUGGGAUCCGGAAAUUGAUAUAUCCCGCACAGUUGGAUGGUUCACCACUAUUGCACCUUUAUUUUUGGAUGUUAAGAAAGAGGACAACGUCAGGAGGAUCUUGCAAAUGACAAAAGAUGGCCGCCGCAGCAUAUCCACGAACGGAUGGGCAUAUUUUGCGUCACGAUUCCUCCACCCUGAAGGACCGGAAAAAUUCAAGAGUCAUUCCCCAAUGGAGAUUCUUUUCAACUACACCGGUCUUUUCCAACAAUUUGAGCGACCAGGUGCCCUUCUUCAGAUGACAUCAGUCCAGGAUGACUCCCUUCUCCCCAUGGCAGCCGAUUUGCCGCGCAUGGCUCUCAUUGAUGUGAACGCAACCGUCAUGAACGGCUCCCUCAACUUGUCCUUCAUCUAUAAUCAACAAUUACAACACCAGGACCGACUAGAUCAAUGGAUCAGCAAUUGCCAACAAACCCUUGAGGAACUCCCCAUGGAGCUGCAGCAGGAACAGCAACUCGCCGCUGUCGAUUUUCCGUUGCUAUCACUUGCAAGCGAAGAGCACCUUCACAGCCUACUCCAUCAAGUCUCAGGCCGAUUUGAUGUAUCUCCGUCUGGAAUCGAAGAUAUGUUCCCUUGCUCGCCCAUUCAACUCGGCAUGUGGUUGAGCCAAUUAAGAAACCCUCAAGUAUACUGGUCGCACAUCCGGUGGUCUCUGCACCCAACGUCAGCCAACUCCUCACUCGAUACCAAUCAAGUAAAGCAAGCAUGGCAGCAGGUUGUUGAUCGUCAACCCAUCUUGCGCACUGUCUUCGCCGAUGGUGUUAAAGGGCACGGUCAUCCUGUCCAGGUAGUUCUGAGGACUUGUGAGGCAAACAUCAAGGUAUUGUCGGGAUCGGAAUUGCGCGCGGAGGGCCAAGUUCCGUCUCUUUCGGAUGAGUUCUUGUUGAAUCCAAAAUCAUCAAACACGAAGGGUCGCCCACCACAUCAGCUCACGGUCGCAAUUGAGCCUGAUGGUGGGGCUUACUGCCAGCUGGCUAUUCACCACAUUCUUGUUGACGGUAUCACUGAGCAAAGACUACUGUCUGAAUUCCACCAAGCAUGCAAUGGGACACUAGACGCCGAGUCUGCGGGCAGCUAUAGCAGGUACCUGAGUUAUCUGAAGACUCGGGACCAUAGGGCCUCGGAAUCAUAUUGGAAGGAAUACCUGACUGAUGUUCACCCAUGUGUUUUUCCAUCUCUUGGACUGAAAGAGCAUGCAACCGCCCCAAGCUUUCUGAAAUCGUUGCCAUUCUCCAUGAGUAUUGGACAAGAUCUCUCCUCAUUCUGCCGGGAUCACGGUAUCACCAUUUCCAGUUUGCUUCAGGUCGCUUGGGGUGUUGUUCUUCGUGCAUACACAGGAAGCGAGUCUGUAUGCUUCGGGUAUCUGAAUGCUUGUCGUGAUAUACCAGUCCAAGAUGCGCACGACAUCUCUGGACCUUUAAUCAAUUUGUUGAUUUGUCGCCUAUCUUUGGCUGAUGAUUCAUCAGUUCUCUCAACGCUUGCCGAAAAUCAUGCGGCCUAUGCCCAAAGUCUCGAUCACCAACAUUGCUCUUUGGCAGAGGUCAUGCAUUCUUUGAGGCGCUCCGGUCAACCUUUGUUCAAUACCGCGAUGUCAUUACAAAAGGACGCCGGAAAUUUAUUUACUGAUAAGUCUGAAAAGAUUAAAUUGCAACCGGAAGAUGGGAUUGAUUCAACUGAGUAUGACCUCACGAUCAAUAUCACCUCGCGUGAAAAGACCAUCGAUUGUGAUUUGACAUACUGGACGCACGCUGUGGCUGAAGCCCAGGCUGAAUUGGUGGCCGACACCUUUUGUCACAUCGUCCAGCAGCUAAUUGAUCCCACGAUCAUAAACCUAAGCGACAUCAACUUAUCAAUGGGGAAGAAUCAGAGUCAAAUGCUUCGUUUCAAUUACAACCUACCGCAAACUGUGCGAUCUUGUAUUCACACUGACAUACAACGAAUGACGACGGCGCAACCCUCAUCCCCUGCAGUCGAUUCCUGGGAUGGUCAGUUCACAUAUGAGACCCUCGACUUCCUAUCAUCACUAUUGGCUACGGACCUGGUACUGCUUGGUGUCGGCCCCGAGGUAUUUGUGCCUGUAUGCCGUGAGAGAUCCCGAUGGACAAUUGUUGCCAUAAUCGCUAUCAUGAAGGCAGGUGGAGCAUUCAUCUUGCUUGACCCAUCGCAUCCAGCAGAGAGACUGCAAGAGAUGGUGCAAGUGGACUUCCAGUGUCCAGUAAUCAUCACCUCAUCGAGGUACCUUGAACUUGCAGCCAAUCUGGCGCCAAAUCCCAUCAUCGUGGAGGAACUCAGCCAAAAGUCUCAUUCGGGGAUUCGAAAAGACAUUAUCCCAUCGGCGACCAAUCCAAAGUCCGCCGCAUAUGCUGUUUUCACGUCUGGAUCAACGGGUAGGCCAAAGGCAAGCGUCAUCGAGCACCAGUCAUUCCUGUCAGCAUCGGCCGCACAUACCCAGGUACUUCGUCUUGAUAGAAACGCCCGGGUCAUCCAAUUUGCCUCCUACGCUUUUGAUGCCAGCAUUGUGGAAAUGAUCGACACGCUUUUGGUCGGCGGCUGUAUCUGCAUUCCCUCCGAUACAGACCGAAAUCAGAGACUGGGCCAUACAAUCCGCGAGAUGCAAGUGAAUUGGGCGUUACUGACCCCUUCUGUGGCACGCAUUCUAAAUCCGCAGCAUGUUUCGACCUUGGAAACACUUGUGCUUGGUGGAGAGGGCAUGACGAAGGACGAUGUUCGUCGCUGGUCAUCGCAUGUACGCUUGAUGAAUGCCUACGGUCCUUCGGAAUGCUCUGUCAUUGCCGCGGCCCAGCCUUCACCGCAAUACCUCUCACAGGAUGAAUCAAACAUUGGAUACCCUGCUGGUUGUGUCGCAUGGGUGGCCCAUCCAAACAAGCCAGAGAAGCUCGUGCCUGUGGGUGCUGUCGGAGAAUUACUCAUCGAUGGUCCUAUUGUCGGUCGCGGUUACGUUAAUCGUCCGGAGGCUAUGGCAGCGGCAUUUGUCCCAUAUCCCAUUUGGUUAUCCAACAUCCGUGCGUCCAGAAAAGGCGUCUUGUAUCGAACGGGUGACCUUGUGAGACGUCUUGUGGAUGGAUCUAUACAAUACAUGGGACGGAAAGACCGCCAAGUCAAGCUGCGUGGACAGCGUAUUGAACUUGCUGAGGUUGAGCACCAUGUUCAGCAGUGCUUCCCUACCAACGACCCCGAAGUCUUUGCAGAUUUGAUCGCACUAAAUGGUCCCAAAGAUGCACACUUGGUAGCUUCUAUUGUUCAACCAGAAGACAGUGGCGAUGUUCAAGCCUUCGAGGCGGCCGUGGAGCAGAUGCAAUCACGUCUUCGGGCAGAUGUCCCAGCUUCUCUUAUUCCAUCGGCAUUCAUUCCUGUUUACCAGGUACCACGAUUGGUGAAUGGAAAGAUUGACCGAAAAGAACUGCGACACGCAGCAUCCCAAGCGCUACGAUCCCAGAUUGGCCAAAAGGCGACCAGUCACCACCUACGACAGUUGAGAGAAAUGACAAAGGGCGAACUUGCAUUGCAAACUUGCUGGGCUGAAGUGCUGGCUCGCCCUGCGGAGACAGUCGGACCCGACGACAACUUCUUCCGCUUGGGUGGAGACUCGAUCGCAGCAAUGAGGCUGGCUGCCACAGCUAGCGAUCAAGGCAUUCAACUAGGUGUCUCGGAUAUCUUCCUGCACCCCAAGCUUAGCGACCUCGCACUGAAUUGCGCGCUUCCGGGGCCAAAGGAACGGCCAAACUCCAAACCAAAGGAAUUGGAUGAUCCUGUGCCUCCAUUCUCAAUACUCCCCGCAAAUAACCGGGAAGAAUUGAAAUCGCAGGCAAUGGAACAAUGCAGUCUUCCGAUUGAGCAAAUCGCGGACGUAUACCCCUGUACCGCAUUGCAGGCCGGUAUGGUAGCUUUGACAGCGGAGCGUCCCGGGUCAUAUAUCGCAUACCAUCGCUUCCGUUUAGGGCCAGGUAUUGAUCUGUCUUUAUUGAAGACCGCUUGGCAGACCGUAGCAGAACACAACGGAAUUCUGCGUACGCGAUUCAUUCAGUCGGAGUUUGGCUUCAUGCAGGUCCUGGUACAGAACAGCGAGCUUCACUGGAUCUCGGGGGGCAUGGAGGAACACAAAAAGUUGAACUGGAACGUUCUUCUAGGUCAGCCACUGGUGCAGUUUGAAGUCGUCCCAGUCAUGAGCGAUGAUUCCAAUAUGGCUCAGCGACUGGACCUGAUUAUCACCAUUCAUCAUGCUCUGUAUGACUCUUGGUCACUGCCUCUGCUUGUGCAUCGUGCACAACAGGCCUAUCAGGGCCAGGCAUUAUCACCCUCCGACAUGACUCCAUUCAAAGAAUUUAUCAAAUAUUCCAUGUCCCAACAGAAAGACGCGCUCGAACACUGGCGUCGCGAAUUCCAUGGACUGACGGCCGAGCGAUUUCCCGCACUUCCGUCCGCAUCAUACCGGCCUCAAGCUUCAAAGCAGACGGUACGAACAAUUGAGACCGGCCCAGUGAUGGAUGAAUGUGUCAGUCGAACCACCGCCAUUCGUUUCGCGUGGGCUCUUGUUCAGUCCCAUUACCAGAGUAAUGACGAUGUGGUAUUUGGCAUUGUGUCUCCUGGCCGAGCAGCAUCUGUGAAUGGAAUUGAGGGCAUGGCCGGUCCGACAAUUGCCACGCUUCCUUUGCGCGUGCAAAUCGAUGAUAAUGCGACCGUCUCACAUGCCCUAAGAGAUCUGCAGGAGCGCACAGUACAGCUCAUUCCAUUCGAGCAAGUUGGGCUGUCUGAGAUUGCUGCCAUAGGAACGGAGGCCAAGCAGGCCUGUUCGUUCCAAACCCUUCUUGUGGAGGGGAGAGGAGAGGUUGAAAACUUGGGCACCGCCAAUGAUCCCAUGGAGCCCAUGGGAACAUCGUCCGGGGAUGCUGCGUCAAAUACAUAUGCCAUCCAGCUAGCCGUUAUGCUCAAGCCAAAUCUGGUGACUGUUGCCAUGUCCACUGAUGAGCGUGUCACUCCACCAUGGCAAGUGGAACAUAUGCUAGAUCAAUUCAGCCACAUCUUGCAGCAGGUGCACCAUCAUCCAGGAAGACUGGUGCACGAAAUUGCUACACUGAAUGACAAAGGUAUCCAGCAGCUGCAAGCCUGGAACAUUGGAUUCCCGUCACGAUGUCCGUUAUCGGUCACUGAUGUGAUUUCCCAGCAUUGUGAGAGGCAACCAUUGCGCAUAGCCGUCUCGUCUUCCAACCUCAGCCUAUCCUAUAAGGAACUAGACCUUCUUUCGAGCAACAUCGCUGGCCUUCUGCGUUUGCAGGGAGCCUCAUCAGAGGUCUUUGUUCCAAUAUACUUGGAUCGGUCCUGCUGGACUGUGGUAGCGGUGUUGGCCGUGCUCAAGGCAGGGGCAGCUUUCGUCCUUCUUGACACCUCGCAUCCACAAGAGCGGCUUCGGAAUAUCUGCGAGGAGGUAAAGCCUCCUUUCAUACUUACAUCGCCAGAGCAUCUUCAGGAAGCUGAGGCGCUGUUCCACAAUGUCGUCAUCAUGCCUCAGAGCAUCGACUCAGAGUGCGCAUCGAUGCCAGAUCGUGAGACGACCCGUUUUGGUACCGAUCGUGCUCUUUAUGCGGUUUUCACAUCUGGCUCAACCGGUAAACCCAAGGGUGUUGUGAUUGAGGAUGGUUCUUUUAUGACAAUGACCAGGGAAGUUUCUCGUCUGAUGGAUAUUGGCCCAGGUUCCCGCGUGCUUAACUUCUCCUCCUAUGCUUUCGACGUCAGUAUUUUGGAGAUACUCGGUCCAUUGCUUGCGGGUGCUUGCAUCUGCGUCCUGACAGAGGCUGAGCGGAGAGGCCGACUGACCGAGGCGUUGAAAGGGCUACAACCAUCUCAUGCUCAUUUAACCCCCAGUGUAUUGCGCGCAAUGACACCAAAUGAGUUGGGAUCACUCCGAACGAUCAUGCUUGGUGGAGAACCCCUUCGGUCAAGUGACAUCCAGCAGUGGGUGCCAUUUGCACGCCUCGUGCCCGUUUACGGUCCAGCAGAAUGCACGGUCGUGUUUACUGUGCAGUCCCCAAUUGACUUUAACUCGCAAGGCGGAAAUAUCGGUUUCCCGAUUGCAGGUGCCUGCUGGGUGACCGACCCACGGAAUCCCCACCGAGUCGCUCCUAUUGGUGCUGUGGGCGAGCUUCUUCUUCAAGGGCCUCUGGUGGGUCGCGGAUAUCUGAACAGUCCGGACCAAACAGCUACAAACUUUAUCUCAUGUCCAACAUGGAUGCAACGUCUUGGCCUCACUAGUGGUGGCCGGGUGUAUCGAACUGGAGACCUUGUCCGUUAUGAAAAAGACGGAUCUCUCUCGUUUGUAGGACGAAAGGACCUCCAGGUCAAGCUACGAGGUCAACGCUUUGAGCUUGCAGAAGUUGAGAAGCGACUGCAGGAGAUUUGGCCCGAAGAUCUGACGGACAUCGUGGCGGAGAUUGUGACUCCGAUGGCUUCGAUGAAUUCCAAAUGUUUGGUUGUCUUUGUCGCUUCGAAAUCGGCUGAGAUGGCGUCACCGGUAUCGAUUUCGUCUAUCGCUUCCUUAGAUAUUGUUGCCCCGACCAACUUUACGGCCCAGAUAUCUAGUGUCAGACGCCAACUGGGCGACAUCCUUCCAGAUUAUAUGGUACCGUCUGCCUUCGUGCCGCUUCGACGGAUACCUCAUACCGCUAGUGGCAAAGUGGACCGAAAGCGGUUGAGAGACUCAGCGGCGAGCGCAACGCGUGUUCAGCUGGAGUCAUUGUUCGCUGAAGCUCCUUCAGAUAAGCGAAUGCCCACCAUGGGAACGCAGCGGGAAUUGCAGCACAUCUGGGCGAAAAUACUCGGUAUUUCAGCCGAUGAUAUUGGUGCUGAGGACAGCUUCUUCCAAUUGGGGGGUGAUUCGAUCUCGGCUCUCAAAGCCGCAUCAAGGGCUCGGGCAGCCGGGAUUGAGCAUUCAGUGGAGAGUUUGUUCCAGUGGAAAACUAUAAUGCGCGUUGUCGAGCAUGCUACCAUCUUGAACCCCAGCGAUAUCAUAGAUGGGAUACAGACUGCAGCUUCUUCCUCGCAGCACCAUAUACCCUAUUCUCUGAUUACAGAUGACGAGCAUGCAGAACUUUUUGCUUGGCACUCCGCAGCGGGACCUUCGUUGGUCAAAGAUAAUGUGGAAGACAUCAUCCCAGCGCUCCCAUUCCAAGUUUUUUACAUAACCCAUUCAUCGCCAGUCUCGAUCGCACAAGUGUUCCCAGCAGCCCUGGAAAUCGAUAGACUGGAGAGCACGUGCAGGCAGGUUGUGACUCACCACAGCAUCCUACGCACGGUAUUCAUAGAGGCCAAUGGCCGGUUCUUCCAGGUGAUCCUCCGGGAAGUUGAGCCUGUGCUAAAUGUUGUUCAAUGUGAUGAUCCAGAGGCAUAUGUUGCUCGAGAGUCUGAGCAAAGGGAUCCACCCUCUACAGCCCAGGGUAUAAUGCCAGUCAGCUUCACUCUCGUGACUAGUGGCAUCAAACAGUGCUCUGCCUUGAUUCUUCGCAUAUCUCAUGCGCAGUAUGAUGGUGCCUCCAUACCGUUGCUGUGGGAGACAAUCAAAAAAGCCUAUCAGAAUGAGCCUCUCACACCGGCUGCACAAUUCAAGGAUGUCGCUUAUAGGCGAAUGGGCGAUCUGAACAAAGCCGAGAUUUCAUUCUGGCAACGAUAUCUUCAAGGUGCUCCGUCCGCUGCCCUUGACCCCCUUGAUCAAACUGGGAAGGCAAGAAUCUCAGGCAAUGACAUAGUCGAGAGGCGCCAAGUGGCAAUGCCCUCUCUCGCACCGGACAUGACCGUGUCAACGCUCGUGAAAGCAGCUCUCUCAUGGGUCCUCUUUGAGGAAACUGCGCGAUCUGAUAUCAUUUUAGGUCAGGUUGUGCACGGGCGUGGAAGUUCCUUGGGCGCGAAUACGGCCAUUGGACCCUGCUUGAAUCAUCUGCCCGUUCGAAUCAGAAUUGAACCUGACUGGACGGUGGAGGAUUUCUUGCAUCACGUCCAGGUACAGCAGUUAGCAAUCACUACCCAUGACGAGGCAUCGUUUGACGCAAUCGCAGAAUUUUGCACAGAGUGGCAACCUGGCUCAAAAAUGGCUUGUCUUGUGCACCACCAGAGCGAAGAAUCUGCGGAGCCCUUCGAGAUGGGCGGUGUUCGCUCGUCGUCUGGUUGCGACUGGGCCAGCUCCAAGCUGGCGCACGGUCAGCUGGGUAUCAUUUCUGUGGAGCACGGAUCUCAGCUUGAGCUUAUGGUCACAGCUACUGAGGAGACCAUGGAUCAACGCAGCGUUGAGUUCCUGUUGGACAAGCUGGUUAGUACCGUUCAGUUGUUCUCGAAGCAUUCCCAGUACCAGUUGGCAAGAGUGGCUAGCAUCCACACAUGA